CCUGGCCCGGCCGGGAUAGGGCGCAGGGCCGCGCGUCGGGACGUCCUCGCGCCGGGCCCGACGGCGCCUGCGCGCUGCGCUGCCGCCGGGUGCGGGUGGGGCGGGGCAGUGUGCCUCGGUGCCUCAUUGUCCCCCAGAGUCUUCCGGACAGGGCUCGGGCCGCCGGCACCAUGAAGAUCUGGACCUCAGAGCACGUCUUCGACCACCCAUGGGAAACUGUUACAACAGCUGCUAUGCAGAAAUACCCAAACCCUAUGAACCCUAGUGUGGUUGGAGUUGAUGUGCUGGACAGGCAUGUAGAUCCCUCUGGAAAGCUGCACAGCCACAGACUUCUCAGCACAGAGUGGGGACUGCCGUCCAUCGUGAAGUCUCUUAUUGGUUCAGCAAGAACCAAAACAUAUGUGCAAGAACAUUCUGUAGUUGAUCCUGUAGAGAAAACAAUGGAACUUAAAUCUACUAAUAUUUCCUUUACAAAUAUGGUUUCAGUGGAUGAGAGACUUAUAUACAAACCACAUCCUCAAGACCCAGAAAAGACUAUUUUGACGCAGGAAGCCAUCAUCUCUGUGCAGGGAGUCAGCCUUAGCAGUUACCUGGAAGGGCUGAUGGCAAGCACGAUAUCUUCUAAUGCUAGUAAAGGCCGAGAAGCAAUGGAAUGGGUAAUACAUAAAUUAAAUGCUGAAAUUGAAGAGUUGACAGCUUCAGCAAGAGGAAGCAUUAGGACACCAAUGGCGGCGGCGGCAUUUGUAGAGAAAUGAUAAAAACAUUGGAACUGUACCUGACUUUGGACCAACUCCAGAACCAAGCAAGCAGAGCCCCUACACACUCACCUUGCUAAUACAGACUAGAACAGCCUGCGUGGGGGAACUGACUCUAAAAGGAGGAAUUGUAUAGUGUUGAAAGACAUUAAAUUGUAUAAAAUAACUUGCUCUGCUAAAAACCCACAGUGUUUUGAUUUGGUACUUAAAUGAUAUUUUUGGAGUGAAAAUCAUCACUAAGUCUAAUAUGUGACUUCAACAUAAAUAAUAUUUUAUUGUAUUAAAGAGUACUGUAUUGAUUUGCCAAAGUUUUGUAACUUAGUAAAGGUAUUACCUUCCUUGGA